AGUGAUAUGAGAGCCAGUCAUUUCAAAUUGGACAGUUUGAGUUUCUCUUCAAGAAUCUGAAAUGUAGGUCAGGGCUCUGCUGACAUUUCCAUUUGCUCAUAGCUGAAAAUCUCAAGUGAUCACUGACAGGCAGACAGCAGGGAAAGACCACGACACAGCCAACAAGAGCAGCAGCCUGGCUCUGAAGAGGAAUUAUGUGCUUCAAACGGGUGGAAAGGCAUGAAUCAGGUCACAAUUCAAUGGGAUGUGGCAAUAGCUCUUUACAUUCUCUUCAACUGGUGUCAUGGAGGAAUUACAAAUAUAAACUGCUCUGGCCACAUCUGGGUAGAACCAGCCACAAUUUUUAAGAUGGGUAUGAAUAUUUCUGUAUAUUGCCAAGCAGCAAUUAAGAACUGCCAACCAAGGAAAAUUAAUUUUUAUAAGAAUAGCAUCAAAGAAAGAUUUCAAGUGACAAGGAUAAAUAAAACAACAGCUCAGCUUUGGUAUAACAACUUCCUGGAGCCGCGCGCCUCUAUGUACUGCACGGCUGACUGUCCUGGAUAUCGUCGAGAGACACUGAUAUGUGGGAAAGACAUUUCUUCUGGAUAUCCACCAGAUGUCCCUGCCAAUGUAACUUGUGUCAUUUAUGAAUAUUCAGGCAACAUGACUUGCACCUGGGAUAUCGGGAAGCUCACCUACGUAGACACAAAAUACACGGUGCAUGUGAAGAGUUUAGAGACCAAAGAAGAGCAACAAUAUCUCACCUUAAGCUCUGUUAACAUCUCCACUGACUCAUUACAAGGUGGCAAGAACUAUGUGGUUUGGGUUCAAGCUGCAAACGUUCUGGGCAUGGAGGAAUCGGAACAGCUGCCAAUUAACCUGGAUGAUAUAGUGAUACCUUCUGCAUCCAUCAUUUCCAGGGCUGAAAAUGUAAAUGCUACCGUGCCCAAGACCAUAAUUCAUUGGAAUAGUCAAACAACCAUUGAAAAGGUUUCCUGUGAAAUGAGAUACAGGGUUGCAACAAACGAGACUUGGAAUGUUAAAGCAUUUGACACCAAUUUCACACAUGAGCAACGAUCGGAAUUCCACCUGGAGCCAAACACUGAGUACGUAUUUCAAGUGAGAUGUCAAGGAACAGGUAAAAGGUACUGGCAGUCGUGGAGUUCACCCUUUUUUCAUACAACACCCCAGACAGUUCCCCAGGUCACACUGAAAUCAUUCCAACAUGAGACUCAGAAUUCUGGGCUUCUAAUUGCUUCCACUGACCAUAAGCAACAAGACACUGGACUUUUAUCAGGAAUGGUCUUCUUUGCUGUUAUAUUGUCCAUUCUUUCUUUGAUUGGGAUAUUUAACAGAUCGGUCCGAACUGGAAUUAAAAGAAGAAUCUUAUUGCUUAUACCAAAAUGGCUUCUUGGAGAUAUUCCCAAUAUAGAAAACAGCAAUGUGGUGAAAAUGCUACAGGAAAAAAGUGAAUUUGUGAAUAAUAAUUACAGUGAACAGGUCCUAUAUGAUGAUCCCACGAUUACAGAGAUAAGAGAAAUCUUUCUCCAAGAAGAACAUAAGCCCACAGGCUACAAGAAAGGAAAUAAUACCGGACCCCAGGAGACACCAGACUGCCUGCAAGAGUCACUACUCACCAAUACUACAGUUGUGUACAUCCCUGAUCCCAACACUGGAUAUAAACCCCAGAUUUCAAGCUUUCUUCCUGGAGGAAAUCCUCUUAGUAAUAAUGAUGAAACAGAUUCUUCAACUCUUAAGCCACCAGUUGAUUCCUCGGAUCUGGGAAAGAAUGCCAUGUUUAAAAAAUAUCCAAAUUUUGCUUUUUCUGUCUCGAGUAUGAAUUCUCUAGGCAACGCACUAUUUCUUGAAGAAUUAAGCCUCAUUUUAAAUCAAGGAGAACGCAGUCCCCAUGACAUGCAAAACUCAAUAGAGAGGGAAACCACCAUGAUUCUGGAAAACGGUCCACCCAAUGAAACUGUUCCAGAACAGACCCUACUGCCUGAUGAAUUUGUCUCCUGUUUAGGGAUCAUGAAUGAAGAGUUGCCAUCUAUGAAUCCUUAUUUUCCACAAAAUAUUUUGGAAGAACAUUUCAAUAGGAUUUCACUCUUGGAAAAAUAGAGUUGUACGGUCAAAAUCAAUGUGGAAAAGCUGCUUUGCUAUUUGAAGUUGGAUCUUCCCUUAGAUAUGAAUUUGAUUCUGCUCUCUUUUUUAACAAUUAGAGAAUUAAGAUCCAAAGAAGAGACGUACUUUGUGGUCACAAAAAAGCAGCAAUAUUAGGGAUACCUCACGUAUUUUCUUUUAAGGUUGUUGUUGUUAGGUGCCACUGAGUCACUUCCGACUCAUAGUGACCCCUAUGUACAACAGAACGAAACACUGCCUGGUCCUGUGCCAUCCUCACAAUCAUUGUUAUGCUUGAGCCCAUUGCUGCAGCCACUCUGUCAAUCCAUCUCGUCAAGGGUCUUCCUCUUUUUCACUGACCCUCUACUUUACUGAGCAUGAUGUCCUUCCCCAGGGGCUGGUCCCUCCUGCUAACAUGUUCAAAGUAUGUGAGACGCAGUCUCACCAUCCUUGCUUCUAAGGAGCAUUCUGUGUACUUCUUCCAAGACAGAUUUGUUCGUUCUUUUGGCAGUCCGUGGUAUAGUCAAUAUUCUUCACCAACAUCACAAUUCAAAGGCGUCAGUUCUUCUUCGGUCUUCCGUAUUCAUUGUCCAGCUUUCACAUGCAUAUAAGGCAAUUGAAAACACCAUGGGUUGGGUCAGGUGUACCUUAGUCUUCAAGAUGACAUCUUUGCUUUUCAACACAUUAAAGAGGUCCUUUGCAGCAGAUUUGCCCAAUGCAAUGCGUCUUUUGAUUUCUUGACUGCUGCUUCCAUGGAUGUUGAUUGUGGAUCCAAGUCAAAAUGAAAUACUUGACAACUUCCAUCUUUUCUCCAUUUAUCUUGAUGUUGUUUAUUGGUCCUGUUGUGGGGAUUUUUGUUUUCUUUAUGUUGAGGUGUAAUCUGUACUGAAGGCUAUGGUCUUUGAUCUUCAUCAGUAAGUGCUUCAAGGGCUCUUCAGUUUCAGCAAGCAAGGCUGUGUCAUAUGCAUAACACAGGUUGUUAAUGAGUCUUCCUCCAAUCCUGAUGCCCCAUUCUUCUUCAUUUUUUUAAGGUGUCGACUAUUUUCUCUGUAUUUUCCCUCAUUGCAAGGGGCAGAACAGCUCUCUUAAAUCUAAAAUGUGUGGUGGUAUUGUGGAUUGAAUUGUGUCCCCCAAAAAGAUAUGUUACAGUCCUAACCUCUGUACCCUGUGAACGUGGCCUUGUUUGGAAAUACAGUUUUUCUUUCAUUAUCCAUUAAAUCAAACAAGGUCAUACUGGAAUAGGGUCCUGAUCCUAAUCCUUUCUGAGUGGUGUUUUAUAGAAACAGUCACAUGCACAAGGGGAGAACAGACGCCAUGUGACAGCAGAAGCAGAUGCAUCUAUAGCCAGCAAAGGAAUGCCAAUGAUUUCUAGAGACUAGGAGACAGUCAUGGUACAGCUCCUCUCUCAAAACUCUCAGAAGGAAUCAACGUAAACUGAUACUCUGUUUGGAUUCCUAGUCUCCAGAACUGUGAGAAAAUAAAUUUCUGUUCUUUAAAGCCACCCACCUUGUGGUGGUAUUUUGUUAUGGCAGCCCUAGAAGAAGGAGCCCUGGUGGCAUAAUGGUUAAGUGCUCAGCUGCUAAUUGGAAGGUUUUUGGUUUGAACCCACCACUUGCUCCAUGGGACACCCAUAAAGAUUAAAACCCAUUGCUUUUUAGUUGAUUCGGGCUCAUAGCAAACUUAUAGGACAAAGUAGAACUGCUCCAUAGGGUUUUCAAGGAACGGCUGGGGGAUUUGAACUGCUGACCUUUUGUUUAGCAGCCAAGCCUAGGAAGCCCUAUGGGGCAGUUCCACUCUGUCACAUAGGGUCAGAAUUGACUCGAAGGCACACAACAACAACAACAGCCCUAGGAGACUAAGACAGGUGGUGAAAUGAAUGUCGAAAACAUUUCUUUAAAACUGGUUCAUUAACACUUGUUUGCAAAGAGAGAGAGAAUUUAAUUUUCAUUUGAUCACUUAAAAUUCUGCUGAGUGUAUAAAAACAUAGCCCCAAACAACAAAAUAAGUAAAGGAUAGUAUUUGGGUUUUUAGUAACAGGCGAGCAAUUAAUUAGCAUAUUUGCUGUAUUAUUUCCCCAUUACUUUUCAUUCAGGGAUUAGAGAUUUGAUCUUAUUUUGAUUUGGGGCUAAGAGUUGUAAAGUAAUCAUGUGUGGAAAUCACGAGAUUGCUGUUUUCAUUCACGUUAAGAGUGAUGGCCUUGCUCUCCUGUGACGUAGUUGGUGUAUUAUUCACACUAUAGUAGAACACAUUAGAGGUAAAAGAUGCAGGAACAGCAAGGUAUAUUUUUUUUUAGUUAACCAGGUAUUAUAUAUAUGUCAGAAAAUUAUUGUUAAAACAGACGUUUGUCCAAAUCUGGGAUGGCAAAUAGCUGCCACACCUGCCAUUGUUCCCUAUUCCAUGUGCCCAGCAGGCAUUACAAUUGAUCACCACAUGCCUUUCUGCUAAGCCCAAAAGCAGCCUCCCAAUCCUUUCAACAAGGGCUGGGACUGGAGAUGAAAUCUAUCUGCCAAGCAGGUCAAUUUUGAAAGGUGGAUGAUCCUAAAAGCAUGAAAUGCACAUUUUAAACUGAGAAAAAGUACCCAUCAGACUCUUCUAUUCUGAUUAAUUUAUAUGGUCACGGGGGAAAAAAAAUUCCAGUGAUCAAAACAAUUUGAGAAUAGUUAGGUUACCAACUAAAUUUCUCUUUCUGCUACUGUAGUUGUCUAAAGUAAUAAUCUAUAUUCAGAUUUACUAGUUUAAUUUUAUUAUAAGAAAUCAAGCAGUUUAUCAAAAAGGAUCAGUUGCUAAUCACCUGUUUAAUAAAUAAGCUAGCUAUUUUGUUUUAUAUUCUUUAAAAAAACAAAACAAAACUAAGAGUGUUGUUUUUGGUCAUUAAGUGCCCCCAUGAAGAGUUUGACCAUACACCCCAUUUGCCCUGGUUUUGUCUAUUGUCCCAGGGUGAUUAUUAUCAGUGUCCCCUUUUACUCUCAGGAACAUGAAUCAACCCAGUUUGGAUAAGUCCUGUCAUGUCACUCCAUCUACAAGGAUUAUUUAAUGUCAAGCAUGUAAGUAAUUCGGGAGCCCUGGUGGUACAGUGGUUAAGAUCUUGGCUGUAACCAAAAUGGUCAGCAGUUCAAAUCUACCAGCGGCUCCUUGGAAACACUAUGAGGCAGUUCUGCUCUGUCCUAUAGGGUUGCUGUGAGUUGGAAUUGACUGGACAGUGGUAAUGGGUAAUGGGUGUCAUAGUGAUUAAGUUCUUACCUCUAACUGAAAGGUUGUCAGUUCAAAUCCACAAGCUGCUCCAUAGGAUAAAGAUGUGGCAGUCUACUGUAAAGAUUAAAAAAAAAAAAAAAAAAAAAGCCUUGGAAAAUCUAUGGGCAAUUCCACUCUGUCCUAUAGGGCUGCUGUGAGUCAGAAUCAGCUCAGUGGCAAUGGGUUUUUGGUUUAUGUAAGCAAUUCAUCUUUUCUUUCUCUUGACACUGACAAUCCCCUUUACUUCAUAACACUUACUAAUGCCAUUUUGCCCCAAAGUGAAACACUACUAUUCACAGUGUAAAAAACUUAUGCCCUGCUGCUAAAUUCUAUUCUGUUUAUCCUAAAAUAUAUUUAUAUUUGUUAUAAUUUGCAUAUUUUGAAAAGAGUAUAUUUUAAAUUGCUAAUGGAAUCCUAAUGUAAAACAGGAGUGAACUAAGAGGGAAGGCGGGGCAGAGUUCUCCAAGUUGAACUGCUCAGUUCAGGGCUCCAGAGGGUGGGGCCGCUUGGGAUGUACUUGGGAGUCUUUUUCCCUCUAGGGCCUUGUUCCCUUUUUCUAAGCUCCAUAGGAGGUGUGUGCGUGUGGGCAAGUGUGUGCGUGUACUCUGGCAUUCCUGGAUGCGCUGGCGCCAGGCCAGGCUCAGGGGAGGUGCGCACACCCCACACCCAGCUCGGGAGGUUGGUGUCACCCCCUCUGACAGUAUCACCUGGUGCAGUCUGCACCUCACUCCUAGUGAUGUCACUGCCCAGUGCUACCAACAAGGAAGGAAUUGACACUGCUGAGACCCUGAUUUGGACUGUUAGCCUUUGGAAUUGUGAGACAAUAAAUUUCUUUAAAGCCACCCCCUUGUGGUAUCUGUGUUACAGCAUCACUAAGUAAGACAAGAGGCAAGGAUUUUCUUUCUAUAAUUCUUUUAUCAACAAGUAUUUAUUUAAGUGUUGAAUGCCCCUUCUGUUUGCAGAGCACUUUAAGGGGUAGGGAUGUUAACAAAAGCAGUGGAGUUCCUGUUGCCAUGGGGUUUAUAUUCCAGAAGCAGGAGACAGACAAUAGAUGGGACCCAGUCAUUGCCCUCAGGAAAUUACAUCUUAGGAGGGAGAUGGAGAGAAGCAGAACAAAUAAAGAAGAAAAAUGCCAGAUAAUAUUAAGUGCUAUGUAGAGGUAAAAUGGGAUAACGUGAUGGAGUGCAGCUCGGUAGCCACACUGGGUGGUCACAGAAGGUGUCUCCUGGGAGGUGGCAUUGACACUGUGAUCUGAACUACAGGAAGGAGCCAGCAUGUGAGAAUCAGGGUGCCACCUCCAAGUCCCUUCUAUAGAAAAAUUCUGAAGGGGCUAAUGUCUCCAUUUCUUUUCAAGUUGCCCCUGCAGACUGUCCCUUCCCCUUCCUCAGCCAGAAUUUUCUGUGGAUUCUGGGGACAAGUAUGUAUCUUUUCAUAUUUCCGUCUAGCCCUUGAGCCUAUUCACGUUCUGCUCUGAGUCUCACAAUCUUGCUGCUACUUCCCAAAUGCGUGUGUCAUGCUUACUGGUGUGGGUUAAGGGGAAGGAGGAAGAGAGAAAGUGGGAUAAGAAGACCCUUAAGGCACCAUUGAGGAGAAGGGGGAGAGAAAUACAAAGAAAGGAAGGCAGAUUAAUAGUAAUGCUCAGCAAACUGGAGUGCCAUAGUCUUGGACAAUACCAAAGCUGAUUAGGGGGAGAAUCCUCCCAUUUUGGCCUUGGCCAAACCCUCCUCAAAUAUUCAUAUAUAUAUUAAAAAAAAAAAAAAAAAACAAACCUCUGUCCUAUAGGGUUGCUAUGAGUCGGAAUCGACUCGACGGCACUGGGUUUGGUUUUUGGUCAUAUAUAUAUGUAUGUAUAUAUAUAUAUAUAUAUAUUUUU